CUCCACCUCUAGUGGACAAGAGAUAAAGCUCCUGGCUCUACAGUCAAAAGACAGAAUGGAAGGAGAGUCUUGGAUAUACCAAAAUGAUUCAAACAGUGUUCCUGUUGGUUACAAUGUUAGUGUAAAAACUACCAUAAGAUCGGUGAAUGAGAAUCUUCAAAGUCUUUCAUCUUGAUUCGUCAUGUCUGUGAAGGAGAUUAAAGAAGAGGGGGACAUUUAUGAUUUUCUUCCAGUCAAGAACAGAGAUAAUGCUACGCCAUCCUGCAAGGAGGAAGUGUGUUUGCCACAUGGAAUUCAGGGGGAAGAAGAUUUGGGCAUGUCUUUGAAGGUGAUUCCAAAGGAAGAAUUUGAUUCUUUCCUUGAAGAGUUUGGAGAGUCACAUGGGAAACAGGAACAAGACGUCUAUGGCUUGCCAUAUGUAAAUGGAGAACAAGACGUUUAUGGCUUGCCAUAUGCAAAUGGAGAUGAUGUAUCUACUGCAGGUGAACGCCAUGAUGGUGAAAAUCCAUACCAGCAUACCAUUUGUGGAAAGACCUCUACAAAACCAAAUCAUCCAGUAACGCACCCUAGAUCCAGCAAGCCAGAGGGUGCAUGGCAGUGCAGGCUUUGUGGAAAGGACUUUGUGAACAAAUAUGUUCUAAGAAUUCAUCAGAGAAUCCAUACUGGGGAAAACCCUUACCAGUGUGGUACAUGUGGAAAGGCCCAUACAACUCGACAUCAUCUUGAACAACAUCAGAUAACCCAUACUGGGGAAAAACCUUACCAGUGUACUACAUGUGGCAAGGACUUUACAAGUCAAUAUGGUCUUGUUAACCACCAGAGAAUCCAUACUGGGGAAAAACCUCAUAAGUGUUCCACAUGCGAAAAGGGAUUUACUCAAAAAUGUCAACUUGUACAGCAUGAAAGAACUCAUACUGGGGUAAAACCUUACCAUUGCACUACAUGUGGAAAGGCCUUUACGUGUCAAAGUAAUCUUGUGAGACAUCAGAGAACCCAUGCUGGAGAAAAACCUUUUCUGUGUCCUACAUGUGGAAAGGGCUUUACUAGUAAAGAUUAUCUUGCAACACAUCAGAGAAUCCAUACUGGGGAAAAGCCUUACCAUUGUAGUACAUGUGGAAAGGGCUUUACAUGUAGCAGUGGUCUUGUAAAACACAAGAGAAUUCAUGCAAAAAUGUAAAAGGGUUUUUUAGUGUUUGAUGCAUUCAUAUUGCCACUUUGGCAUUUUAUAUGUUGACAAUAUUUUAACAUGUAUCGCUCAUUCAUGUUAUUUGUAACUCAAUUAUGUAGCCAUGUUUAGUAUACAUUAUAUGUUAUUACACUUCUGGGAGAAUGUCACAGAGUCCUUGAGGUGUGACAAGAAGGCAUGUAUUUGACAACCAUUACUUUCAAACGAUCUAUUCAUGAAUGUGCAUUAUAAAGUUCUUGCAUCUGGAAUGUUUGCUCAGAGUGUAGUUUACAGUCACGUUACAAUAAUUUAGGUAUUGCAUAUAUUUUGGAAUUGUAUUUUGCUUCUUGAGUCUGUCAAUAAUAUUAUGGAUUUUAAUACUGGAUUUCUGAAAAAAUAUUGGACUUUUAAAUAUUUCUUGCAGGGCUAAAGGGGAUGUCUCUGUUUAAUAUCCAUCUUCUUAGAUUGGGAAGUUACAUCUCCUGAAUUGCCGCAAUCUGCCGCUGCCACAGAACAUGUUAACUUGCAAAGACAGCACGCACAAACACAAUAGGCGGUCGACGUCGGUGUGUUUUCUUACUUGUAUGAUGCCAUCUUGUAAAUUCAGGUUGACUAGAAGAUAAUCUUGCUAUGGGGCUAGCACCCACAGCAUUUGGCAUUUGAAUUUGGAUACAUAACCACUUCCAAAGAAAUACUGGAAAGAAAAGCACCUAUAUUAUGGAA